UUGCUAGGAUGGCGUCGAGAACUCUAAGUCAAGCUUGUCAAGCUCCUUUUAUUUGGCUCCAGUGCUCUUUCCUAAUUCGCGAACCCCGGACUUUGGCUUUGAGGAUUCCUCUUCAUCGACUUGAUCUCUCGUCUCUUUUCUUCUCUGAAGACAGAUCAACAUUCGUUUGUGAUUCAGAUUCAUCUGUCACAUAAUUUCUAUUCUAUCAAUACUUACUCCCUUGUAAUACACCACUGCUAUAAUUCAACCUCAAGCAUACAAUCUUCACCAUUUGUACACACGAUAAAGGUACGCUCUUGUCCUUCCGCUUUCGAGCUCCGGGAUGACUCUAUAAGAACUAGCUCAAUCGAGUCUAUUGGAACCCGUAACAGGAGCUUCAAAUGCUGACAUAUUUCUCUCUAGAUUACUUGGGCAUUGAAGCACACAUAGCACAAGAUCUCAUCGUACACGAAUCUUGCACCGACGAUGCUUUCACUCAAGAACAUAAUUCUGGUUUCGGCCACCCUCGUCUCUGCCGUUCACGCCGACUAUGUCAUUGUCCCCAGCAGUGUAUCAUUGAGCCUCAGAACCUCUUGGUGCCAGUCAGAGAUAAGCACUUGCCCUCUGAUCUGCAAACAAUCUUCUCCAGGAACUACACUUGUCAACGAAUGCGAUCCGGCAACAUUGACAUACGGUUGUCUUUGUGGCAACAACCUGCAGCCUAACGUGUCGGAGUACUCCUUGACUCUGCCCUACUUUGUUUGUCAGGAAUGGGGUCAACAGUGUGUGAAGGCGUGCGGUAGCGACAACACCUGCUCCAGCUCUUGCAUACAAGACCACCCCUGCGGCGCCCAGAACCCGAACAAGGUCAAUUCCACCUCAACCUCGGCCACGGCCUCAUCAACGGGAACGAGUACGGCAACUGGCAGCAACGUCAUUUACACUGGCCUCGAUGGCGAGGGCUCAACAGCGACUUCCACGCCCGGUGGCAAUGCCGCUCCCAACUUGGCGGUCGGUAGUCUUAUGGGGUUCGUAACCCUUUCAGCAGCGUUUGUUGCCGGAUUCGGAUGCAUCCUCUAAACAUGCACGGCCGACAUCCGUCAACUCGUCACGAUCCACGGCAUCAUGUUCUUCGAUAGAUCUCGAAGGUUAUGAGAAUUGCCCAAGAUGGGCGGGUCACAAAACCAAUGUGCGCCGGCUCGGCGCGGCCGGCCCUGAAACUAAUUGUCCUCUGGAUAUUUAGCGUUUGAAGUUAUGAUUUGAAUCUACCAGGCAAGAGUUGCAUUUGAGGUAUACAUUUAAUGGCCCAUGCGCAUUUAUGGCACCCGCAUGAGAUACAGUACAUGGCUGAAGAUAGACCACGUACAACAAGCUGACCCUGGAUUGCCAGCAAUGGUAAAAGGGGAAAGUCGGCAGUUGGAAGUAGAAGCUACUGGACUACAUUUACAGCGAGUAAAGUCGGGCGAGAGCUCGCGCUAAUACAAAUAUUUGAAAGUUGCAUUUCCUCGCG